AUGUCCAAGACAAGAACAGUUAAAUGUGGAAUACCCCAAGGUUCUAAUCUUGGGCCACUUCUUUUCUUAUUAUAUAUAAACGACCUGCCAAACUGCCUGACCUCAUCUUCAGCAAGCAUGUUUGCCGAUGACACAAAUGUUUCAACCAAUGGCAAAACAAAUGACGAACUACAAGAACGCAUUAACGUGGACUUAGAAAAUAUACACCAAUGGUUACUUGCAAACAAACUUACACUUAACAAAGAUAAAACUGAAUACAUGAUUAUUGGUUCAAGACAACGAAUUUCAAACUUAGCACUAACGGACCCUAAAAUUGAGCUUGGUGAAUCAGUCAUUAAACGGGUUCACAAAUCAAAAACUUUAGGCGUAAUUAUUGAUGAACAUCUUUUAUGGAAUCAUCAAAUCCAAAAUAUUGUCACAAAAGCUUCAAAAAGAAUAGGAAUGAUGCGACGAAUAAAACA